AAAGAGCUCAUAUAUCCCUGCCAAAUACUGUUCCCAUUUCCUUCAAACAUACCAAAGCAAGAACUUGUUGAGAAAGAAGAUUUCCGUCAUCAUGAGCAUCAUCGACUUUUUCUUCCGCUACAAAAAGGGCAAGGUUUCCUCCCAACCUCCCUGUCAUCUCCUUCAGUUGCCCGUCGAUAUGCUUGUCGAAAUUCUAGCUUUCCUCCCGCCUUAUACGCUAUUACUCGUCUACCAGACUUGUCGUCCCCUGCGCACAAUCAUUCAUCAGUUCUUCCUAGCUGGUAGAGGUGAUAUACUAUCCAACGCGACGCCAGAGGAUAGACUUCUAUACCUCACCCACUCCUCCAGGCUUCAGCCGGAUCGAUGGGUUUGUGCUAAAUGCUGCAAGCUCCAUAGAAUCCACGGAGAAGAUACGCCAUAUAAAAGCAGCCCCCGUCACCUCAGCUGUGUGGACGGACUGGACAUCUCCGAGCGGUACGGCGAGUCUAAAUAUUUUGCCUAUGUCCCAAAGCAUAGACACGUCCAACUUACGCUCAAGUAUACGCGACUGGAGAAUAAAGAAAGAGUGUAUAAUAAGUAUCUUCUAAAACUGCUUGAGCCAUACCACCAUCAGCUUCAAGAAGCGUAUUGGACCAUAACCCGAGGCGUCGAAGUAAGGUUUUCGGCUUAUCCCAAGGUGGUUAAUGGAAGAUAUUUACUCUUGUCCAUCUGGACAUACCUCGAUUACGAGAUCAAGGUGUCACGCAAGUCUAUACGAUAUCUGGAUAUAUGCCCCCAUUACUCUCAAAGAGAAGUAAGACAGAACCUUCAUUGGGGGGCAAUCGCGCUUGCGGGAAUCGAGCGAGCUCUUGAUACAGCCUUCGCAAUAAGAGGUGCUCCAAUGCGUUUCUCUUGUGGUUCCUGUAAGACGGAUUUCUCCAUUGAAACUUCGUCUGGGCGCGUUACUAUAUGCAUAUGGCAAGAUUUUGGACCAGAAGGAACGGUGUUUGAUAAGGGGUGGGCAGCGAUAGCACGCGAUACUGGUGCUUUGUAUCAUCGACGACAAAGCAUUCGACAGUUAUAUGGUCCACACAAUCAUGGCGGGGAAAUGAUUGAAUAGGUAGAACCUACGACAUACACAAUGGCUGUAAAUGAAUGAUGAAUUUAAUGUAUAGACAUAGAUAGAUUUAUUUGUAAUACAAUUGGUUAUACAUGUUCAAAAAAUCCGCAAAGGGUGAUGCAAUAGAGGGCUGUACCAAGCUCUUAGUUCAGUGGAUAAAGAUAGCC